CACGCACACGCACACACAGGAACAACAUGGCGGCCGCUGCUGUAGCACUAGCGCCUCUGCUCCGCCGCUAGCCGCGUCUCCGGGCGAUGCUCUGACACCCGCGGGCAGCCGAGAUGAACCUCUGCGCCCAGUACUUACGACAGGCAGAGGCCCUGAAGGCUGACAUGGCAGACUCAAAGCUGGGCGUGGCGGAGGUGUGGACGUCGCGGCAGGCCCUACAGGAUGUCUAUCAGAAGAUGCUGGUGACAGACCUGGAGUACGCUCUGGACAAGAAGGUGGAGCAAGACCUGUGGAACCAUGCGUUCAAGAACCAGAUCACCACACUGCAGAGCCAGGCCAAGAACCGCGCCAACCCCAACCGCAGCGAGGUGCAGGCCAACCUGUCUCUGUUCCUGGAGGCGGCCAGUGGCUUCUACACUCAGAUGCUGCAGGAGUUGUGCACAGUGUUCCACGUGGAUCUGCCGUGUCGCGUGCGCUCCUCACAGCUGGGCAUCCUCAGCUCCUCGCCCCACAGCAGCAGCGCCAUAGUGACCCCACAGACCAGCUCCUGCUUCUACAUCUGCCAGCACUGCCUCGUCCACCUGGGAGACAUCGCUCGCUACCGGAACCAGACGAGCCAGGCAGAAUCGUACUACAGACACGCCGCUCAGCUGGUGCCUUCUAAUGGUCAGCCCUACAACCAGCUCGCUAUUCUGGCGUCGUCCAAAGGAGACCACCUCACCACCAUCUUCUACUACUGUCGCAGCAUCGCGGUCAAGUUCCCCUUCCCCGCCGCCUCCACCAACCUGCAGAAGGCGCUGUCCAAGGCCCUGGAGAGUCGAGAAGAGGUGAAAACCAAAUGGAGCCUGUCUGAUUUCAUUAAAGCCUUCAUCAAGUUCCACGGCCAUGUUUAUCUGAGUAAAAGUGUGGACAAGCUGGACGCGCUGAGGGGCCGACUGGAGGAGCAGUUUCAGAGGCUGAUGCUGCAGAAGGCCUUCAGCUCUCAGCAGCUCGUGCACCUGACUGUGAUCAAUCUGUUUGAGCUGCACCACCUCCAGGAGCUGAGCGACACAGAGCAGAGCCCGGGCUCCGAGCAGCACACCUGCUGGACUCAGCUGCUCAGCCUCUUCAUGUCCUUCUUGGGAGUGAUGUGCAGCAGAGCCAUCCUGAACCAGUCUGAGAGCGAGGAGCAGAUGGGAGAGUGCCCCCUGCCCGCCAUCAAAGUGUCCCUGGACUGGCUCCGUCUGCGGCCCGGCCUCUUCCACCAGGCAGCCGUGCACCAGAGACAACAUGUUUGGCCCUGGCUCGUGUCCUUGCUCAACGGCUUUCAACCCAAAGAAGAGGACGUGUCUUGUUCUUCAGUGGUGCCGCUGCCUGAGGAGUUUGAGCUGCAGGGCUUCCUGGCUCUGAGACCCGCUCUGCGCAUGCUGGACUUCACUAAAGGCCACCAGGCGGCGCUGCACACCAGACACCAGCGCCUGGUCUGCCUGGGCAAAUGGAUCGCAGACACACAGCCUCUGCUCAUGCAGUGUCGCGUGUCUGAAGACGGCCUCCUCACCUUCCUCACGGACCUGCCCGAGCUGCCCAUCGAUGAGCCCCAGGAGAAGGAGGUGCUCCAGGAGUCCUCCAACAGCGAGCCCAGCCAGACAGAGUCCAGUAGCUUCAAGUCCUCCAUGUCCCAGGGCAAGACCUCCAAAGAGAACCAGAAGCCCCGCGAGCCCAGCCGAGACGCGCCCCGCUCCCUGCCCAAGGAGCCCGCCAAGGAGCCCGUCAAGGAGCCCAUGAAAGAGAGGAGGGACAUAUGCAAGGGGAACACUGCAGCCGCCAAGGUCGACACCAAGUGUGACAACAAGAAGAAGAAUGAGAUGAAGAAGAGCACGCACGAGAAGACUUCUGACUCCAAACAGAUGAAAGUGCAGACAGAGAUGAGGAAGACUCCUGAAGUGUCUGAAGUGAAGAAGAGCCCGGGGCCCCCCACACAGCCCACCGGCUCCACGUCGCCGUUUGUGCACAUCCACCACCAGGGGGCCUUUCCCCCACUGCACGGCUGCCCAGGCUUCCCUCCUUCAGCCUACGUGCUCACUCCUUCUGUCCCGUUCCCCGGCUUCACCUUCUCCCCGGGGCCCGUGACUAUGCCCGGGCACUUCCUCUCGCAGGCGCCCCCUCAGCCCAACAAAUCGUCCCACCCUCCGUACACCCCGCAGCGCUCUCCCCCUCAGGGCUCUCCGGCCUCAGCGGGGCAGAGCCAGGCCCCCGGACCCGCGCCCAUGAGCCAGCAGCAGCAGCAGACUCUACAGCAGCCCCCUCCGCAGCAGGUCACGCUGGGCAAGAGUCCUCCUCACCUGGCCUUACAGCAGUUCCUCCAGGAGCAGUCGCCUCCUCUGUGGAACCCAGGUUCUGGCUCCAAACUUCCCCUGAAGCCCCAGGAGCCUCUGCAGCAGCAGCAGCAGUCCCUGUUCAUGCCCCCAGAGCCCAGCUUGAAGUUUGACCCUCAACCCUCCAGGCCCGGCCUCGACAAGUUCUCCAGCCUGUCCCAGGAGAUGUGGAAGUACUCCAGUAACCAGGCCGUGCUGGAGCGCCUGAGGAGGGAGCGGGAGCAGGAGGGACCCAGAGCUCUGCCCUUCCAGUACACUCCGAGCCGGAUGGAGCCUGGAGUGGAGAGCCUGAACCAGCCGCCCUCUUUGCUGCCGGGCUUUAUUCAGCCAAACCAAAACAGCAUGUUCAGUCACUGUGGGAAAAACCUACCUCCCAGCUCCAAACCCGAGUCUCCGCUGAUGGCCAAGGAUUACUCACUGUUUGAAACGACCUGGCCUCCACCUCUGCCGGCCAGCUCAGACCACUCGACUCCGGCCAGCCAGUCCCCACACUCGUCCAACCCCAGCAGCCUGCCCUCCUCUCCCCCCACUCACAACCACAACACACAGUCCAACUACGGACCCAUCGGCCCCUUCGACAGCAGAGAGCGCCGCCUGGUGGACCGCUGGAAGACAGACAAAAAAGGUCCUGGGAGUGGUUUUGGUCUGGACUACCUGCCCACUGCUCCCUCCUCUGAGUCCAGCUGGCCUCAGAGCAGCUGGAGUCAGGAGUGUCCCAUGGAGGAGUCCACAGUGCUGCCCGACAGCCUCAAGUCGUUCUGGUCCAGCUCGAUGAUGCAGCCGGGUCUCUCCCCUCUGGAGCAGCUCCUCCUCCAGCAGCAGAAGCAGAAACAGCAGCGCACCCACGGCACCAUGAACCCUCCGCACUGAGCGCCCACGCCCACAGCCAGGGUACCAGGCUUAUCUCACCGUCAUGCCCACACGACGAGCGCUCGCUGGGCAUCUAACCACCAGGCUGGCUUCAGAACAGAACCAGCUCAAGGCCAAUUAAAGGGAGGAGACAGUCCCGAGAACGGUCCCAGGAGGAGUGGCCCGUCCUGGGUUCACAGGCGGCUGCACACACGGAAAGAGUGGAGGAUUUUAAAAACACGCUGGAAGGAAUUUUUUGCGAGAUACCUUCAAAAUUGCGAACUUUGAACUUUGGGAGUAAUUUUGGGCUAGUAUUCCAAAAUGAAGCAACAUAAAGAGGGUUAUGGGUAUAAUACCACAUUAAGAUUGUAUCAUACUUUUAGCCGAGUUUUUUCUCUUCUUGUAUCAAAUUCUUCAGUCCUCACGGCUUUGAGAAUGGACUCGAGCAGUAACGCAGAAAAAAAAACGAAAGGCUUCCUCCAUUUACAGCAGAUCGACGACGUAGGACCUGAUGGAGGAGAACACGGACUCACCGACGGAGGCUUGCGAACCUCAAAAGUGCGUCUCCUGCCAUUAAGAAGAACACAAAGAAUCGUAUCGUUCGGAGGUGUUCUCGACGUAACGGACACUUUUAUGGAAAAAUCGAUGGUACAAUUUUAUCCGGAAUAAUUUAGGACUCACCGUAGACCUUUCCCGGGUUUUGGGGGACAGUGGAAUUCUAGUAGUCACUUUUGUAAAAUAGUUCGCGAGGGGGUAAACAAAAAAAAUCUAGUUUUGAAAAGUUCGCGUACGAGCCUUCGCAGGCGACGCCAGCUCACGUGGGGGGACGAGAAUGUAGCAAACUGGUGGAGUCCAGGAACCAGCAGCGAAGGAGCGACGCGUUUUUUUUUUUUUUAACGUUUCGUCGGUCCCGAUCCGGAAGGCUUAAAGUCGAGACAACGCGCCAAUCCCAACGGAGAAACGUACGACAAAGCUGAAGAAGAAGGAGCGAGGAAUACGGGACGGGGUGAGGGAAGCUGAUUUGUUUUUUGUAUAUUCGCAAACGAGCUCAGAGUUAUCGACAUGUACAUUAAAAUUUACACAUGUUUAAACUUAUGUAACCCCCUUUAAACGGACUGCGGGUUCAGAGGAUUUGUAGACGGUCGCUUUGAACUGGCGCGAAGAAGAAGAAGAAGGUUGGGGUCCUUUUAAGAAAGUACAGAGACCAGCCCUAAGUGACGGUAAACAUUCUUAGACGGCAAUAAGCUAGUUAUUGCUUCGCAGCUCAGACUAGACCUGAUAGAAAUACUGUAUCUGCGUAUUUUCCUUUUCAUGAUAAACUGUGGGAGAUGCAAUUUCUUUAUAGCACUUGGUCCAACUUAAACGGGACUCAACGGAAAGUUCGUACCGGUUGCGUUCACAUGGGAAGUACUUAAAGUCGGGGUAUUGCGUGAAAUCUGAUGGUUUUUUGAGCUUUCUACCGUGUUAUAACUUGGUUCCCUAGUCAAAAAAACAUGCCCGAAGAGGUUUUAGAUGUCAUCCAUGCAUGUCUGAGUAAUCUAGCGAUCUCUCCUGGGCCAUAUUUGAACCCUAAUCGCGAUCUAGUUGGAAGAUUCACGACAGUUCUCCACAAAAACUUGAUACAAAAUUGUUGACAGCAGCUUGACAAAACUGUGCUCUGAAGGGAGAGUGCCUUAGAGUGGGGAGCAGAGGGAGGGAGGGGGAAUAAAAGGUAACAUUGUGAUGUAAAUACAGGGUUCCCAUGGUCAUGGAAGUCCUGGAAAAAUCAGGGGAAUUGGAAAAAGUCAUGGAAUUUUGGCAUCUCUUUCAAGCAACUACAUCGUUCUGUUAAAUUCUCAUUAAAUUAUUAUGAUUAUUUCCGAACGUAUGCGCAUUUUGUUCAAAAAAGACGACGAUAAACACACUGACUGUAUUUUUAACGUUAAAAAACUAUAAUCCCGAACUAUAAGGUGAGUGGAAAGGGUUAACAUUUCAUAUUUAGCCCUAAAAAUGUGCUAAAUUCUACACAUGUAGGUGCCGUAAAGUCAUGGAAAAUUCACUUUAGGUCAUGAAAAAGUCAUGGAAAAGUUUUGAAAUUUUGUGAAAAAGAGUGGGAACCCUGUACAUACUUCGCGUCAAUACCCCGUCUUUAAGUUUUAAAAAUGAGCUGGAGGACAGGUCAGAGUUUGGUAGGAGUAUCUGUAAUUUAACUUUUGACGACACGCAGAUGUUUUGGUUUGUAUCGCUGUAAUUCCUGAGCCUAUCCACGUGAAAAAAAAAUGCACAAAGUUCGACCUCUUCUCCAACAUUUUGCUUUCGUGAGUUACGGUAAAAGGACUUCGCACAACCCAAUCCUUAACAACAUUUUGCGUUUAGUUAUUUCGAUCAAAAACAACAAAUCGUCCAUCGAAAGUGUCGAAAAUCAGAUACUAAUCAUUAAAGUCGGGGUAUUAUCGAAAUCAGAUUUUUUUUAAAGCUUUCUACCAGGUAAUAACGUUUUUAGAUGUCAUCCAUGCAUGUUUAAGUAAUCUAGUGAUCUCUCCUUGGCAAUAUUUGAAGCUUUCUUACGUUUAGCUGUAAGAUUCUUGCUUCCACACGACAAAAACACGAUAGAAAACCGCACGCUGAUUGUGUUGCGAUGGCACUCUGAAGGUGGAGUGACUUGGAGCGGGAAUAAAAGGUAACACGUUAAUACCCUGAUUUUAAGGUUAAAAAUGAGGCGGAGGACAGGUCAGAGUUUGCGAUUUAUCUAUCCACGUGAAAAAAACGGCACAAAGUUCGAUGACUUCUUAGAAAUUUUGCUUUCUUUUAAGUGUUGUGUGAGUUUAAACUCUUUAAAUGUGUGAGUUAAAAGGACUUCGCACAACCCAAUCCUCAACAACUUUUUGCGUUUACUUAUUUCAAUCAAAACCAAUGAAUAGUCCAUCGAGUUAUUUUGAUUUUGGUUGUCAGAAGUGUCGAAAAUCAGAUUCUAAUCAUUACUAAAACAAGUAUCGAAACCAGAGCAGGUUUCCAUACUGAAAAAGAACAGAAAUUAACCUUUUCUGAGCUGUGUUAGAACAAGUUUAAGCGCACAGAGUACACGGAAACUACUUGGACGACUGAGGGAUUACACCGAUAUAAAACCACACGGGAAAAGGAAAAAGUCGCAUUCUUUUGUCGAAAGAAAGAGCGUUUUUUAAAUUAUCAUCGUUGUAUCAGAAUCGGUAGUUUAUUCCGUAGUAUUGAAACCAACUUUGACAACACUUUAGACCCUCUGCCUGUCUGAAAUCUGCAAAAUUUACAACAUCGUGAACGCAACCUAUUACCAUUUUUAUAUUUUCCGUAAUAUUUAGCAAACUAGCGACUCCACCGGCAGCUUUCCGUAGAGCCGUGUCCAUUCGUGUAGUGUUUCCGAGCAUAUUAAGUCUUCUUCUAUUUGUACAAUUCAGACGAACUCGGAGUGGACUUAGCCGCAGCCCAUCUUUGUGCUUGUGCUUUCAUUGUAUGCUUUGUGUUUUGAUCUAAAUGCUACUUCGGACUGGAGCUGAGGGAGGCGACGGAGGUUCGUGUCCACCCUGUUGCAGACGGGGUGGGGGGGGGGCACUUUGUUCUAAUGUGUUUUGUGUUUGUCGCCUCAGCCUUGAAUAAAAUCUGUCCUUGAA